AAGUAACGUCAGUCACUCUCAAUGAUGAAAACAAAACUCUAUCAAGUUCUGAAACAAUUGUAAUGAUAAAUGGAUCAAGUAAAACAUUUAGAUGUACAACUGGCACUAGCAGACCUGUGUCAACAAUUGUCUGGUAUGUUGGAUCAACUUCAGUACAACGAAGCACAAGCACAGCAUUUACAUACACUGCAGGACUUGAGGACAAUAACAAAACUCUGUGUUGUAAAGCAUUCAACAUUCAGGAUGAAGCAAAUGCUGUAUCAUCUACUACUCCAAGUUUCCGGAUUUUAGAACGAACAAUAGUAAAAUCGUUCUACAUAGGCCAGAAUGAAAGCAAAACAAAUGCCACAUUUGACGAACAUGGAGUUGAUAUUCAAUUCACAUGUGUAGUUAGUGGAAUUCCUGCCUCAGAGGUUUAUAUACUUUUCAGAGAGGAAAUUAUUGCAAAGCAGUCUAAUACAAAUGAAUUAGUUUACAACCUUCAAAAUAUUGGUUGCACUAAAAGUGGUAUUUAUGUCUGCAAGGGAAUCGAUGCUUUUGGUACUUCAACAAAUAAGACGUCUUCUGUAUAUAUAGAAUGUUCUCCGCGACCAUUACGACAAGUUUUUCACAAUGUGACAAGCAGGCUUGGAGAACCAGUAAGGCUCUCAUUCAUAGCUAUCGCCUACCCGGAACCUGGUCCCAAAGGAUUUUCAUGGUCCAAGGAAGACAGGCAUAAUUGGGUUUCUUUAUUGAGUAACGAAGAUUUUCAAAUUUCAUCAUCUGGAUUGAAGACAAAUUUAACAAUCUUGAAUGUAUCUCAGGAACAUUAUGGGAAAUAUCGUGUAACUACUGUAAACAGAAUCGGUUCAUAUGACCAGAUAAUGUUUUUAUCAGAGACAUCACAAACAGAUCACAAACCUGACAUCUGCAAAUGUGGUACAGAGACAACAACGUUCACAAUGUCAAUAAUACUCGGGGUAGUAUGUAUCGUUUUGGUUGGAUAUGCAACAGGUCUAACCAUAUUGUACAGACGGAAUAUAUCUAAGAAAGGUACAGCGUCUAUCAUACAUGGAUCUAACCAUAAAACUGGGAAUGACAACACUAGGAAUAUAAGCAAUAUUAUCGAAGUAGAACACUAUGAAAAUAAUGCAGCAGAAGUUGACGAGGAACCUUCUAAACAAUAUACAGAGCUUACACAGUAUAUAAACGACGGAACAACGUAUGAACAAUUACAAAAUUGAAUAAUACGUAAACAAACGGUUUCUUUGUCAGAAUUACGCUACGGUUUUAUCUGAAAAUGACCCUGACUAUACGAUUAACGUUUAUGUACUUAUUGCUUAUGUUAAAACAUUUGUAAUUGAUAACGAAUAUCUGUUGAACGUUAUAACGCAUAAAGCUUAUCUAAUAAAAAUCUAUCUAACAUUUGGAAUUAUUCUGGUUUUUAGCUUGUAUUUUCUGGUAGUGUAAUGAGUAUAUGAACAUAUUUGUAAAAGUUGAGUCUGUUAUAUUAUUUAUCAUUACAAUAUUAAAAAGACA